AUGUCGCAGAACUUUGAUAUUCAAAACUCUGAAUACCAAAGGUUUCUUACAUCAGUCUCUGGUUCUAUAGCUGGAGGGUCAGCUGGUCUAGCACACCGCUGGGAUCCGUACAAGAAAUACCUGGUGAACUCUAAACCAUAUUCCUCAAGUCAAAUUCAAAUUGAACUGCCUUAUACCCUCCAGCAGCAAGGAAUGCUGGCGGUUCCCACAACUCAAACUAAACUAAAAAAAAACCAGGAGGAAAAAGAUAACUCCGAGAAUGAUGGUCGAACCAUGAUGGCCGGUAUAUCUGUGAAUCCAACCCUGUGGUAUACCGGGGUAUUCCAACCAGAGAAUAUUCUCAUCCAUGUCUCACAAAACUUUUUUAAUUUCUUCUCAUCCUCCAUGUUUUGGUUUAUCCUCAUGGCCCUGACACAGGGCACAACAAAACGGAAACGAAGAUCUGUGGAUGAAGAAGAUGUUUUACAACUAGAUGAGGUUGUGUCUGAGUUUAAUUCUGUUCUGGUGGACGGGGAUAAUGUUGCCUGGUUUCUCCGCAAGAUGGCAGAAACUGCAGAACAGUACAAAAGGUUAAAGGAUGAACUCUGAUUCUACAAGAUGAACAAUUUUAUAAACAUUAUAAAUUCAGGAACAGUCCUCAUUGUAUAGCCACACCCCAAAGAACAUAAUCAAAGAAAGCAUAGAAUAAUACAGUUGGGUCCAUAAAACUAUGGAAAAGGAAGU